UUUCAAACAAAAAACUCAAUUCAAAAUCCGAAUACACUACAACCCCACUGAGAGCAAUCAAUAACACGAAAAAAUUACCACAAUCCCCCACCAUUCAUCAUCAUGGAGCCUGCAUCCUUGGAUCUGACACUUCCUGAAGCCGCGCCCGAGCUCAUACAGUUCAGGAAGUACGCCUGGAGCGCGAGCGCGUUCUACCUUUACACGCUCGUUCCCGGGGUGGACCUGGACGAGGUCGCCGUCGUCUUGCAGGGAGAGUGGCUCGAAGACGGGGACGACAUGCCCAUACUCAAAGUCGCGAAGCCCGAGGCCGACUUCUCGGGCAAGACCCUCGCGGACGUGGUCGCGGCGCACGUUGCGACGGACAAGGGGAUCAAGCGCGACAAGAAAUGGCGGGGCCGUGGGUCGAAGGGCGACGUAGACGUGUAUCCGGAGGCGUUCGUGGUCGUGACGAAAACGGACUGGAAGGAGGACCGCGGGCUGCUGUUUGUGUACGUGAUGGAAGGGGUGAAAGGGAGGGGUGGCAGGCUAGAUAAGUACUUCUUCAAGUAUGAGGACGGAUAUAUACUGCUUUCGAGCGUGUGGCUUAACGACGAGACGAUGGACGGCGCAAAGGAGGCAUUUGAUAUCGAUGGGAAGCAUGAUUUAGAUGACGAGGAGGAAGAGGAAGAAGAAGUGACGACCGACGAAGAGGACGAUGAGUGAAGGAUACGGUAACAGGUAGAGUAAAACACACAUGUACAAGAGCGCUUUAGACAUAAUAUAUCAGCGAUUUAGGUGCAUCAGAUUGGCAUCAUGCAUUAAUUAGGUAAAACCUAUAAGGAUAUGAAAUGGAAAUAACUAUUAAUCGUUGAGGUACUUAUCAAUAUCGUAU